AACCAGGCGGGCGCGUUUGGCCUUCUCUUUUAACUAUAUGCCUUCGUAAAGGAUGGAUUCUGCUCCGAUUGAAGUUCUCCAUUACAGGCUUAGAGGCCUACAUUCUUCAGCUCAAUCCUACUUCCUUCGCCAUUUCUGUAUUCUUUACGUGUCCUGCAUUGUUGAAAAGGAUAGAUCAGGGAGUUCAACACAAUAAGGAGUCGAAACAUGCAGAAGGCGAAAAGGUUUCACAGCUCAUGUGUGAUAGCAGAGAUGAUGAAUUGGACCAUCGAUGGCCAGCUGUUGAGCCUCGUGAUCAUAACAAGAACAAUCACUUGGCUCAACGUUCAUCUUCCACAGAAAAGGAUUGUGUUAUGGGUUGUGUUCAUGCAUAUCUUGAGAGGAGAUGUAAGGAGAUGAAGGAAGAAGCUGAUGAAGCAGAGGUUGAGCUUAAUCAAGAUCAAUGAACAUUGUUUGCAUAUCAGGUUCCAUGUACGUCUACUAAUGGAUCGCAUUACUGGAUGCUCCAAAGGUGUCGGGUGAAUAUCAUCCAUUAACAAAAUUUUAUAUUCACGUCUUUUAUCAAGGAAUCAUAUUUUUUCAGCUGUUACUGAUAGGUAAAUGAACAAGAUCGAGAAGAAAAAUAUGUAAUACUCUGUAAUCAGACUCGGCAUUAGCACAUGAAUGGUUGGUGGAUAAAGAGUUCUGGUUUGCUCAUUGCCAGUGGUUUCAACUGGAUCUUGCCUACCAACAUAGUGGCUUCACUUGCUUGCUAAAGAACAGUCAGUGAGCAAAUUGAGCAUCCAAUUUGCCUUUUUUUUGGAAUAAAUGGUGCCUUUUUACAUCACUGGGCUGCCCAGAAGGCUAAUUCUAACAUUUAUUCCUGGGAAGGAUAUUAAAUCUUCUAAAAAGUAUACUUCCGCAAGAAGGAUGCCAGAGGUUUCCAAUGCAUAUUUUGAAGUUUCAUCGGAACCAUUAAUGAUCGUCCCCUGUUUGUUCAACUAAAAGAAAAAGUUCAAUAUCAAUGUCACUCUUUUUAGAACAACCUUUAUGUUCUUUGUCUCAAGGAUAUUAAUUUUAUUUGGUGGUUUUUUUCCAUGAAAUCUGAAUUUGGACUAGAGUGUGGCUAGGAUAGAAGGAAAUGGCAAGAAGGCAUUUUUAUAAAUGACCAAACGUAAUUCCUCUCUUGGUUCAUGUAGCCAACCCCAAGUUAAAUAAAGGCUUUGUUGUUGUGGUUGUGGUGGUGAUUUUUUCCCAUGAGCCGAUUAAUUAUAUGUUCUUGAUUGGAGUGAUGUUUACCUAUGUUGACAUUUGACGACAAUCUUCAUUUGCAGUGACAUUGAAUAUUAUGGUGCCUUGUUGGUCCCCAUGGCCAACAAUCUUUCUUUGCACUGUCUGGCCAGCCUCUUCUUGGGCUGCCAGUGAUGGUUUAACCAUCUGAUGCUGAGAUUUAUGAUCAUAGAGUGGUUGCAUUUCAUUUCCAAUGUCUUGACAUUUCACCAGAGCCUAAAAUAUCUCGUGAACGAGGCCUCAUUUUUAGAUUAUUCCUAUCUCAAGGAUGGCGUGGCGAUGAUAAUUCCCGCAGGAGCAACUGCUGGAGAACCAUUGUCUCAUGUGAAGUAUACACGUCUAGAAGUUAUAUUGUGUUACCCAAUAGCGGUUAUGGCGGGAUUCACCUAUGGAUAUUCACAAACUUUUGUAGGUGGUCUACUUAACAUGCCAAACUUUGUGGUAAUGCUAUUGGGAAAGAAAGGGUAUAGAAAAGCAGCAAAGGCAGUGGUGUCAAACUUCUGCAGCUACGUGAACGCUUACAUGUUAAUGUGUUCAGCCUCAAUCCCAUUUGGGACUACAAUUGGACUCAUUUUGGGCAGAUGUUUACGCAUUAAUUGGGGUCCAAAGGGGAGAAUGAGAAUAGGAGCUGCAUGGGUACUCGCCGGCUCUCUCUCCGCCUUGGCUUACCCCCAUGGCCUUUCUUUGCCUCUUUUCUUCCUUGUCAUUGGUCUUGGCAUUGGCAUUAUUAUAGAGGCUGUUCCUGUAUUGUAUAAGCAAAUAAGUCGCGAGGAUGUCCAUCCGAGAAUUGCCAAAGUAUUUAAUCUUGCGUAUUAUCUCGGCAUCGUCUCAGCAUUACUCGUAAACUAUUUGAUUUCCCGUUACUGGCCAAAUGGUUGGAGAGUAACGUUUUCAAGUGUAGUGUUUCCCGCAUUCAUGUUAAUCUUGGCAUCACUUUUUCUCAACCGAGCCGAAGUGAACGAUCCCGAGGAGUCGUGCAUGGUUUUGUUACGGCAACACAAAGGUGUCUUCCUGCACAAGACAGGCUUCCUUCUCUUGGCUCAGUUCAUGGGAUCGUCGCAACUGGUGUUUUACGGGCCAAUGAUUUUGGAGUCGCUGAACUUCGGGAGUUACCAGCAAUUCCUUACCCCUCUCAUCGGUUCCUCAAUUGGUUCUCUGGUCGUUGUUGUUGUCAUGCUCUUCGUCGUCCCUCGUCAUCUCCGGAGACCAACGUUUCUCAUCUCCUGCGUUCUUAUUUGUAUUUCCCAGUUCUGUAUGUGGGUCCUUUUCCACUUUUGGGGGAGUAGAGAGCACCACUUCAAGUCAUCAAUAGUGAGCACAAUUGGGGUGGCGGUGUUGAUUGUGAUAUAUGGGAGUUACUUUGUGAUAGAUGGGCCUUAUGGCUGGACAAGGAAAGAGUAUCCCAAAGCGGUGCAAGGGGUUGGCAACACUUUGGAGACGGCGGUGAUGCGAACGGUGAUCGGCCUCAUGAACUUGUCGGCUCCUUUCUUCAUCUGUGCCCUUAAGAAAUGGACGUUUCUCUAUCUUUCUCUCCUUGGAUUUGGGUAUUGCCUUAUAGCUUGUUGGUUUGUACACGAUCAUUAACAAGUCCACUUCUUUGGAGAUAUGAUAUGAGUUUUAAAAUUUGACAGAAAUAGUAUGAGUUCUGAAGUCUGAAAGAAAAGUGUUUGGAGAAGAUAGAAAUAAAAUCAUAAAUGCUUGGUGAGCAA